GUCGUAUUCAUCGUUCAUCUUUGGCUUUGGCCGACAUCGCGAAACGUUCAUUUUUCUGAAUCUGAUAAUUUUGCCAACGAGAUUGUACAAUUAUAAUAUUUCAAAAUGCCUAAUCAAGUGUUGACUAUAGAGCCACAAAAUGAGCUUAAGUUUAAAGUUGAUUUCUCAGGCCUGUUUGAGCAGGGAUAUACAACUUAUAUGAAACUGAUAAAUCCCAGUAAUGAUACAGUCCUCUUCAAGAUAAAAACAACUGCACCAAAAAAAUACUGUGUACGUCCUAAUUCUGGAGUGCUUGGCCCAAAUUCGAAUGUUGAAAUAGCAAUUACCCCGCAGCCGGUAUAUGUUGAUCAAAAUGAGAAACACAAACACAAGUUUAUGGUUCAGAGUGUUAUCGCACCAGAAGGAAAAACUAACAUAGACCAAGUGUGGAAAGAGAUAAGUCCAGAGCAAUUAAUGGAUUACAAGCUAAAGUGUGUGUUUGAGACUCCGCGUGGUACUAAUCUCAAUGAUGCUGGUGACAAUGCUACUCAGAAUGACGUCAUAAAGAAACGUGUCGGAGUUUCAGACCAGGCAAAAGUUUAUUCACAGGAAUCACAAAAUGUUACUGACAACGGAGCUAAGAGGAAGAAUGACGACCAAGCGUCUGGGGCUUCAAACGCAAAAGUGCUUUCCCCUAAAUCUGAAAAUUACGAAAAUGAGUUGAAGAGGGCAUCUUCUGAAGUAUUAUCUUUGAGGGAAGAGGAGCACAGAUUAAGACAGGAGAACUUGCAGUUAAAAGAGGAGUUGCUUCGCCUGAAAUCUGCGGGUGGGGACGCACGCGCGAAACGUCCGCACUCAUACGGACCGGAGAAGAAUGCACAGGUGGCGUCGAUGCCGUGGAUCGCCACCGCAAUACUGAUGGCGUGCAUCGGCAUUAUGAUUGGCAAGUUCUUCAUGUGAAUUCACCAUUCACAUGAGGCAAUAUACUAAAGCCUAGACCUCUAGGGCCUCGCGGUGACCCAACAUCUUUACAAACACCGCUGUUACACCACUAUCAACGCAACCCUCUCGCACAAGGCAGCUUAGGCUCGAUAUCCAUCAAAGCCGAUGCGAGAGGCUAACCUUAUGGGAUUCCGUCACCGAUCAAAUAUGAUAAUUAUAACAGUAAAUCGGACAGGUGCCUUUGUUUUUAUUAAAAUUGAACCAUGCCUUCACUUGUUGUAUAAAACAUUAGCUAAUAUCGUAUGUGUACAGAUUACAAUGAUCUGCAGAUGAUAAUGUUUGCACAUUAUAGUAAAUUUCUUUAGUAAACCAAUAAGAGUAUUAAGUUGUACACUGCCUUACUGAUGUGACGGAACCCCAAUAUGUGUUCGUCUCGUAUCGUUCGUCGUACAUUCGUUCGCGUCCGCUUUGCCAGGUGUCGACCUCGUUGACUACUAAAGCUGCGAGUUUAAUGAUGGUUUUCGGUUACAUUGUUAAUGAACGUAUUUAUGUAUUCCACUGAAACAGUGCCGACGUACACGUACCUCCAUACGACGUUACUUACGCAUUGAAAUAGCACAGAUAACUAAAAAAUGACUAGCAUUGUCGGUGUAACUAUAGAUCGGAUAUAUCUAAAUUUAGAAAAUAUAAUGAAAAUGCAUAUUGAAGUGUUGCUGUGCACACAUAACGUCUUAUUGAUAUUGUAAGAGGGAAGUGCCGCAUGCGUGAUAUUAAUUUAUUAGAUUCUGACCCGUAUUUCAUCUGUAAUAGCAACACUAGUUCAUAAAUUUAUUGUACAGCUAGCAGCACUUUAUGUUAAUACAAAAUGACUUUCUAUAACAGAUUUAGAUCUUUAAUAUCUAAACCUUAAAGUUUCUAAUAGAUUCAUAAAUUAUGUCAGCUUUGGAUUACCUUAUGUGCUGCGUGAUAUUGUAAAAUAGGAUUAAUAUUGUUUCGUGUUAUUUCUUUUAAAUCCAUGACAAAUGAAUUGUAAUUUGUUGUUGUUCGUAUAUUUUAAAAUUUUACAAAUGCGAAAAGUAAAAUUCACAACUUUGCACCAUAUUUUAAUGAGGUAGUUUUAUGAUAUUAGACAUAUUAAUUUUUAGACUUUUAUGAUAUUUAUUUUAUUGGGUUGUUAAAGUUUGUUUUGAUGAACUAAUGUAGCUAAUACUACGGUACAAGCGAACAGUGCUUCAAUUCUGCUAACAUAAUGGCAUGGCAUAUCAAUGGCGUUUCUAUCAUAUUUUGCUAUAGUUCUAAUCGAUUUACAGAAUAUCCAUUGUUUAUAUGGGAAGCAUUAAUAGGAUAGGAUAAUAAUUAUAGCAAAAUAAAUUUGUAAUUUUCUUUAACUGUGUAAUAUAAGCGUGAUUUAAAAUAGAAUUAACCUGGCUUUUGCGGUGACAAAAACAUGUCAAUAGAAACAUAACCUGAGAUCAUUAUUAAGGCCCUGUACUGUUCAAUGGUACUGAUGAAAUAACGGGAACAGUCCGAUUGAUUGCAUCAUGUACACGAAGCCUUAACGCCUCAAGCUCCACUCCCAUGCCGCACUUGUGUUCUCUCCGUUAUAGACGUUGCUAAUAUAUACCGCUAGACGGCUAAUAUAUUCUAAUAUAUUAACUAGUAUUAUAUCUUGUUUUAUUUUCGCGACUCCCAAAACAAAAUAAUAACAAAUUCAUAACAAUAAUAGUUUUCUUCAUUUCGAUAUUGAUAAAACGUCUCAUGAUAUUUGUAUAGUACUUAAUUUAUCUACAAUAACCCGCGUAUGCGCAUAUGUAUACUUAAUCAAAAUUUGUGAGUAUAGAAUUUGAUAAAUAAAAUAAAAAUUAUAAAUUAUAGGCUAUUUUAUGUAUUUUAUCUUUCGAUUGGUGGAUUGUGUAGUGUACAGUGAUAUUUCGGUUAUUGUUUUCUUUGACAUCUAAUAUACAGGAGAAAUUUGUGAUCAGUGUACAAUUUUUUCUUUAGCUUAGGCUGCGUUCAAACC